AUGAUAUUACGGGUCAUUAUUGUGGUUUACUCGUGUGGACUUGGUUAUGAUUCUUCCUCUGAUGAUUACAAGGCUGUGUUGGUAUCUCAUACAGCAAGUCCAACAGUCUCACCCAACGAUUAUUAUGAUGCUCUUAAAUAUUUUUCCAUCUCUACCUACUCUUUCAGGACCAAUACUUUGAAAAAAAUUGAUGACAAUGAAUUUCCUUACAAUUUUGAUUCUAGCACACAAGGGGUUACUUUGAAUGGAGCUCCCCAUUGGGUUCUUCGCCGUGAAGAAUAUAAUACGGAAGUCAAUUCUAAAUCUUUAAAAGUGGCACUGGUUUAUUUUGAUCCGGCUAAAGAACACUUCUAUGAGUUGCCAUUACCUUGCAUGUUAGAUAAAUAUUCAGAGUUUGAGUUGGGGGUUUUAGAGUUUGAGCUGGGGGUUUUAGGUGGAUGCCUUUCUCUAUCAUACGAUCCCAAUGGAAGCCACCUUGAGACUUGGGUAAUGAAGAAAUAUGGGGUGGAAGAAUCUUGGGAAAAAUUGUUUGUCAUUCCCAAUGUUGAGGGGCAUUUGAGGCCAUUGUGUUUCACCAAUAACGGUGAUGUUUUAAUGGAGGUGAACCUUAAGAAAAUAGUCAUCUACAAUCUUCUAAAUAAUUCUAAAAGAACUGUGAUUCAAAAUAUAGAGUCAGAUUGUUUUGGACUGUGUGUAUAUAAUGUGGAGAGUAUGGUUCUUCCAUAUGAUGAGCAAAGGUUAAACCUUUCUCACCACAAUAAUAAAUUAGCAACACAGAAUCAAAAGAAUUUGAUGGGUCCCUUAUGA